UUUCCUUGAACGAAGACAGUCCUUUUCUCAGCAUACAACAAAUUAUGGCCGUUCAUGAAAUUAAAAAUACGAUUCAUUGUAUUUUAUCAAAUAUUUGGAAUUUACAGCUUUAAUGGUAGCAAUAUAAAUUAACAACAUAAAUCAGAAUGGACCACAGUCUCCGUCUAUCAGAGAUCCUGUAUGUUGGUCUGUGUGCUAAGAUUGGGACACCGACAGAAGUGACCAUCAGAAGGGACGUGCUGGACAUGGAGGACAUGAUAGAGGAAAAUAUACAUACCGGUAAACAUGAAUGUAGAGGAAGAGGAAUGUUAAGCGGUAGUAGAAGAGAAGGAUUCAGGUUUAAAACAUCUGACUGGGAUUACAUGUUGUGGAAGUGUGACCGUUGUUUCUUGAUAAAUGACAUUUCUCAGUUAAGGGAUUAUGUUUCAUCAGAUCUUGACAUUGUUCUCAUGGAUGACACGGAUACACCACCUGGAUUUGUUAGACUACAGCUUCUUACACGUCCUAGAUACGCUUGCUUUUCACUAGUUCCUUUAAAUGAUCGGAUUUACAUUUCAAGCUUAUUCUGGAGGCAGGUAACCCAUGAAGAAUUUUCUAGAGGUAUAAAGUACCAGAAUGCUCAUGAACAUGGUCCAUGUUCCAGUGGUUACCUGCAUGAAUCUAUUGAAGUUGACAGGGCGCUGUGUUUUGCCUGCAAAUAUUGGCCACGUGGUACAAAUCAUUGGAUUGAAAGAUGCCUCAGACACAAAUGGCCUCCUGCAAGUGUGCUUGAAGAUAUCUUAAACGAUAAUUACCACUGUGUGGCUAUUGGAAGUAAAAGCUCUACUAUUGCAUAUACGCUAGAUUGGAGGUUGUCCUUUUCUCUUGCCGAACAAAAACUAGUGUUCACUAUGAAUCAUACCCAGUUUAUAUGCUAUGGACUCCUAAAAAUAUUUCUCAAAGACGUAAUCAAUAAGAACGUGGAAGAACCAUUAAUGUGUUCUUACUUCAUGAAGACUACAAUGUUCUGGUUAAUACAGGUAGGACAUAUGAAUUGGAGUCCUAACAAUCUACUGGAAUGCUUUUGCAAGUGUUUUAAAUACCUCGUUCAGUGUGUAAACCGUGGCAAAUUUGCCAAUUUCUUUAUUCAACAAAACAAUAUGUUUAUGAACAAGAUUAUCGGCAUUGCCCGUGAGUCUUUAUUAGAUCAACUUAACCAGUAUUACAGAAUGGGCUUGCCCUGCCUUCUGCUUAGCUCUAUACUCAGAUCUAUCCUAGAGCCAGCCCUCAGCCGUCCAUGUAGGAUUCAAUUUACUGCAGGAAUGUGUCACGAAAUUGGAUGUGCAUGUAAAGAUUUGCGUACACUAGAAGAAUUAAAAGAAAUUCAUUUAGAAAAAUGUUAUUUAUUUUUAUUUUUAAAAUCUGUGGUCACAUUGUUAAAUUCGUCACUGUCACCUUACAAAUCAUUAACAUUACAGUGGUGUACAGCUGAUGUUCUUGCAGUGACCCCUUUUGUGAUUGUAAAGUAUUCAUCACAUUAUAAAAAUAAACAUAUGUAUAAUUUGGGAAAAAUGCUGUGCAACAUGUUAAAAUUGUCGUCACGGAUAGGAACCAUCUCGCAUUCACUGUAUUUAGCAUUGUAUUACUAUAGGACAGGUAGAUACAAUAAAGCACUUGGUGUUUCUAAUCUGAUGAAACGAAGACUUUUAGAACACUUUAUUUUGUAUUACGCCAAACCAGUAGACAGAAACAGAUAUAGUGAAGAAAUAAGUAAUUUGUCUUUGUCUAGAAAAAUGAAAGCCGCCUGGGUUGUGGAUAUUAAGUUUUAUCUUGGGAUACAAUACAUUGAAGAAUUAAUAUUAGAACAAGAAGAGACCAAAUUAAAAUCACCGAAUGAUGAAGCUAUACUUUAUCCAGUAUUUGUAUUGGUAGAAAUGCUGUCUGUUUUAUCAAACUACCGCCUUGGGACAGGAUCUCAGUAUCUACAGUCACUGACAGACCUUCACACACUGCUCCUUUACGAUGAUGGAAGGUAUGUACCAACAAAACACAGAGACAUAUCCUGGCAGAUACUUGGAAUCUGUCAGCAAGUUAUUGGGGAAUUUCACGGGGCUUUACAAUCCUACCAAGAAUCGCUGAAACAGGAUCCACAACAUAAAAUACAGAGGGCAACACAUGCAAGAAUUUAUCAUAUACAGCAUCAACUUAGUAGAAAUCAAAGAGUAUGAAAUAAAUUUCUGUUAUCAUUUUACUUUUGCUUUAUGUCAAAGAAGGAGGAUAUAGGAUAAAAUGAAAAAAAAAAUAUAAAUGGAAGUACUUGUGAGAAUGUAUAUAACAGAUUUGAUAAACCUGUCCGGAUAAAGAACUUGGUCUACCUUCCAAAUUCCAAGAACCUGCUUCAGCAUUUCAACACCAAUGGAAUCACCUUCCCUAAAAUGACCUGUGACAUCUUGUUAGGAGUUUGUCACGCCGAAUCCGAGCUUGUCAGGUCACCCGAUGGGGUUUAACCCGUUAAGUGCUGUUUCUGUUUCACAAUGGUGGGGGAUUUGCUGUAUGGCCAUGUGUGGGUUUUGACCCUUAUUUGGAGAAUCUGUUAAUUCGAAUAAAUUGACAAAAAAUCUUUAAUGUUUUUCAAUCAUUUGCUUCCUUCCUGACCUCAUAAAAAUUUCAU